AUAUUCAUAAUGUUUUCUGGAAUAACUCUUCCUUUUGUCUUAUCACAUUAUUUUGGUUCUUCAUGGAUUUAUACUACAUCUAAAAUCGCAUCAUGGAAGUUAGCAACCUGUGAAGCUUCUUGUGGAAAUACGACUCCCAUUAAACCCACAUGUUGUAAACAAAAUUGUUGUGCUUCUUGCGUAACAGAGCAAUCAAAAGAAUCAUGCAGUGAUGAUACAAAAGACUCAGCUCUUCCAGAGCUUAAACCUGAAACUGAACAGAAGAUUAAGGAAGAAAUAACAAAGUAUAAUGUAGUGCUAUUUAUAAAAGGUACAGCCAAUAAACCAGCUUGCAAGUAUAGCAGACAAGCAAUCGAUAUAUUAAAGGAAUCACGGGCACCGAUUAUCAGAACAGUUAAUGUUCUAGAUGAUCCCGAUUUAAGCUCUACGUUAGAGGUCAAUUUGUUGGUGGGCUAGACGCAAUAAUUAAAAUGAGAGAAAGUGGAAC